AUUCAUAUUUGGCACAGCUGGAAAUGAGCAGGUGGUCUAAAAAUGAUUUUAAUCUUUCUGGUUCUUUUUGAAGUCGUUGCAGGAAAUCAACUCACUGGCCCUAAAGAGGUGAAGCAGUGUGCGGGCAGACCCAUCCACAUCAUCUGUCGGUACCAUGCGUUUUAUCGGGACCAUGUAAAGUACUGGUGCAAAGGCUACUAUUUUAAUGACUGCACCACUCUCCUACGAACAGAUCAACCAGCACAUGCCAGUGGACCACUGACCAUAGCCGACAAUAAAAAGGAAGGCUUUUUCACUAUCCACAUGACGAACGUUAAACCAGGCGAUAAUGGAUGGUACUGGUGUGCAAUUGAGAGAGUCAGCCGACAUGUGUCCAUCUCCAUGGAGUUAAUCAUAUCUUCAGAGAAAGCUCAGCAUUGCUCUGUGCCUGAGCUCACAACAUCAUGCAACAUCAUAGAGACCACCACACUACCAGUGACAACCAGCAGAUUAACGACUCCAGAGACAACUGAAACAACACGGACAUCACAAACAGCGUCCAGUACCACAUAUUUAACAAGUCUGAUGCCUGAAGUCAUUACAGAGUAUAGACACUACAUUCGCUGUAAGUCUAAUCCACAAAAUCUGGUGCAUCAUGCGGUGGAUUCUCUUCAUAGGACUGUGUUCCUUCCUCUUGUCUUUCAUAAUAUACUUUGAUCUAUGAGGAAAAAGAGACUGGGUCAGAAUGUUCACUGAUUUUUUUUUUUAACUGCUCGGCCAAAUUUCAGAAUUUGAGAUCGCCUCUGCUUAACACCCAGUGUACACUUUAGUAGAAACACCAACCAUUCACCUCCACAAAAUCACUCAACUUGGUUUGAAGCUAAAGAACCUGUUCUAGAGUCUAAAUUGGUGACAGUGAUAGUACCAGACAUCCAAAGUGUUUAAUGCUGCCAAAGGCCAGAUACCAGAAAGUUAUGCAUACACUGAUUCAACACUCACUACAGAACCAUAGCAAAAGACCUGUCAGUAGAAUUGGUUUGAUAACUUGCAACACUGAAGAACAACUAAUCAUCCCGGCACAGUAGGGGUGGGACAAAUCGAUAAAGCAUAGUCGCAAUAUUUUGCGCAGCAAUAUUGUACAACAAGUAUUGAUUUUAUGGCAUUGUUAGCCAGUUUGUCUACUUGACAAUCCCAUUUUUGCAGUUGACAAAAGAUAAAGUGCAAUAUAUGUUACUGCAGUACUCAGCAUAUUGCAGUACUUCAGUAUCAUGAUAAAUACAUAUCGUGACUUCAGUAACAUGAUAAUAUCAUAUUAAGGGGGCCUUUGGUGAUUCCUACCCCUACUGGACAGGUGCACCAUGCAGGAUUUCCUCAGACUAAUGAAAGUAAAGAACGUAAGUAAGACAGAAGCCAGCGGUCACUCAAAAAGAAAGGCAGAAUCACCUGAAUUUCCAGCAGUGUGUCCUUUGUAACCCUGGGGAAUUUAGAAUAGUGUGUCAAAAGGGAAUGCUGCCAAAAAAGGUCAUUACUCAAUUACUUAUGACCAUUGAUGUCUUGAAGCUGUUGUAGCCUUCAACAUGUUUGCAACAUACACUCUUUAAAAAAGAAGGUUCUUCAGAGGUUCUUUAGUAAAGACGAUGAUUCCAAAUAGAACCAUGAACACUCAAAGAACCAACUGCAUCCAUCUGCAUGCAACAUACUCUCCAUCAAUGUUCUUCAAUUGAUGGAGAGUGUGUUGCAUAAGGUUCUAUAUAGCACUAUAGCACUAAGAAUCAUUAUUCUACUGUAUACAAGCUUGGCAUUGUAAGAAUAGCAAAACUUUGGUGCUUUAUAGUACAGUUUUCUGAAAGGUUCAUUGAAGAACCAUAUACAGCACAUUCUCCAUGCAAAGAACCAUUUAAGCAUGCACUUGGUUCUCCGAGUCUUUACGAUUCGACAAAGAACCCUUGAAGAAUCACCUUUUUGACUUAUUAAUUUGUGGUGUCUGAAUACAUUUUUUCCUAUCAGAUUUAUUUUUUGAACAUGCCUUUGUUGUUGCUCAUGAAUAGAAUUUCUUUUGUAAAUAUGUACAAAUUAUUAAUGUUCAUAGAAAUAUAGAAA